ACUUCAUGCUAUCGAGCAGGAGUGUCGGCACAAAAGGAAAGUGCAUUAGGGAGAUUGGCCGGCAACAAUAAAAACUAUUGGACGCGGGUGCGUCUAAUGCGUGUGAAUGCGCACUGGAUUUCUCUCAAUGCCGUGUGCGCCUGCUGCGCUGAUGAGGUGCUGGGAUUUAUUUUGAUGGAGGUGGUGCAUGCACUCUGAGUGACGGUGGCAGCUGAGGACGAAGGACAGGAAUCUCCACAUGGGACGUCAAGCCACUGACUGGGGGGGGCAACGUGAAGAGAGCGCAUAGCAGGGACGAACAUGAAGGCUGCGACCGAGCGAAAAAGCGGACAGAAAGCUGCAAAGCUAUACUAAAAAAACAACAAGACGGUUUUAUUUGUUCCUGCCUUUGGGGGCGUAAUGCGUGAGAGCCAUGUUGUCCAGAAAAGGCCUCAUUCCGGAGGACUACUUGCUGACACGCUUGGCCGAGGAUGUCCAGCAGCCCAAGUUCAAAUCGAAAACGAGGAAAGCCCGCUUCGUGGCCAAGAACGGCACCUGCAAUGUGGCUCACACCAACAUCCGCGAGCAGGGCCGCUUCCUACAAGACGUCUUCACCACUUUGGUGGACAUGAAAUGGCUCCACACGCUCAUCAUCUUCACCAUGUCGUUCCUGUGCAGCUGGCUUCUUUUCGGGAUGGUCUGGUGGCUCAUCGCCUUCGCGCACGGCGACCUGGACCGGCAGGCGGACGACUUCGUGCCGUGCGUCACGGAGAUUCGUUCCUUUUCGUCCGCCUUCCUCUUCUCCAUCGAGGUGCAGGUGACCAUCGGCUUCGGGGCGAGGAUGGUGACGGAGGAGUGCUUGUCUGCCAUCGUCGUGCUUAUCAUGCAGAACAUCGUGGGGCUGGUUAUCAACGCCAUCUUGCUCGGCUGCAUCUUCAUGAAGACCGCGCAGGCGCGCCGUCGCGCCGAGACGCUUAUUUUCAGCAAGCACGCCGUCAUCUCCGUGCGUAACAACAAACUUUGCUUCAUGGUGCGCAUCGGUGACCUGAGGAAGAGCAUGAUCAUCAGCGCCACAGUGCGGAUGCAGGUAGUAAAGAGAAGCACCACCGAGGAGGGCGAGGUGGUGCCCCUGGAUCAGAUCGACAUCCACAUGGAUAACCCGGUGGGCACCAACGGGGUCUUCCUGGUGUCUCCGCUCAUUAUCAGCCACGUGAUCGACAAGGACAGCCCGCUGUACGCUAUGUCUGCGGCGGACCUGCUGCACGACGACGUGGAGAUCAUCGUGGUCCUGGAAGGCGUAGUGGAGACCACCGGCAUCACUACGCAGGCCAGGACCUCGUACGUGUCCGAGGAGAUCCUAUGGGGGCAGCGAUUCGUGCCCACCGUGUCUGAGGAGGACGGCAUGUACGCGGUAGACUACUCCAAGUUCGGCAAUACGCAGAAGGUGCCCACGCCGUGCUGCAGCGCCAAGAAACUGGACGAGGUGGGAGGCAUCGCGAGGUUUAAACUCACCGAGGGCGUCACCUUGCGGCCGUCGGUGAGAAGGCGGCGGGGAGCCACCAUAGCCCGGCGCUCCGGGUUGGACAGUCGAUGAAAACGUGCUUUUUUAGACCGAAUACGUCGAUGUGGACGACGAGAAUGUACUCGUGUGCUAUCGCUGCAAUUCCAGACAAUUUAACGUGAUUUAUAGAGCACAGAUAGUAUCUCUACUUUGGGAACCAGUCCUAAUUUACUUGACGACAGAAUUGCGGCUUUUAUUAAACGUGUUGACAUUUAAAUGUGUUAAACAAGCCAGAACAGAACACCUUUUGUUUGAAGCCACCCACUUUUCGAGUGAGCAAAAGUAUUGGAAUGGCGUAACCCUUGCUUGCGAAAGCUGCAUCAAGCCCCCUUCGCAAUUGAUUUAACCUGAUUGCUGUUUCAUUUGAAUGUUUGUUUACAUGCCUUUACUGCAUGCAACCUCUUUCACUUGUUUGUUUCUGUGAGUUUCUCCCUUCACUGUCCUCUUUAGGAGGUGAAAUGCAUGCUCAAAUGGUUAACAGUAUUUUACUUGGCAGUCCCAAACCGCCUUUGUUGUGUUGGCAGUGUGUUUUGUGUCAUUAUCUUAUUGCAUGAAGCUUCUCUCAAUUAGUUUGGAUAUCUUUUUCUACAAAUUGCCAGACAAAAUGGUUUUGUAGACCUUAGAAUUCUUUUUUUUUCUUCUCAUCAAUGAAGACCAGCCAGUAGUGUCGGCUCGUGUGAACGAUUCGUUCAAAAGAACGAGGUUUUUCAGUGAACGAGCGUGAACGAAUCAAGUGAUUCGUACUUUUUUCAGUUCAUGAAUUCAACUGGAAUGCACAUCAUUAGUACAAAAGAGUGCAGAUGACCGAGACUGCUAGGUCGAAAUCAUCGACUGGUUAGUGACAUGGGCGCUUGCUCAGUAAGAUCUUAGGUCGAUCCCAGGUGUGAGCAUAUACCUAAGCGUGCUUUUAGAAUUGGAACCUCGCUUUGUAUAAAUAUGCAAAGAAAUGCAAGUAUUUAUGUAGAAAUACAUAAGGUGCCCCGUCUACACUCUUUUCAAGUGUACCUAAUAACAGGCCACUUUAUUAGGGAAAUAUCAUGCUCAAAGGUCACAGGUGUCAAACUCCAGUCCU